UAUUAAGCCCCCUCACAUCAGCGUGCCGCAUGGUGGGAAUUUCUACCUCCUUGCAGUAUCGCCCAGGGAAGCGCUCCACCAUGCCCGACUCUCCUGCGGACGUCAAAACACAGUCCAGGUUAACCCCUCCCACUAUGCCUCCACCACCCAGCACACAGGGAGCCCCACGGAACAGCUCCUACACACCAACAACACUAACCAAUGGAAGCAGUCACUCACCUACAGCCCUCAACGGUGCACCCUCGCCCCCGAAUGGCUACAGUAACGGUCCAAGCUCCUCCUCUUCCUCCUCACUGGCUAAUCAGCAGCUGCCUCCAGCCUGUGGCGCCCGGCAGCUCAGUAAGCUCAAGCGCUUCCUCACCACCCUGCAGCAGUUUGGUAACGACAUCUCACCUGAGAUCGGAGAGCGGGUGCGGACACUGGUGCUGGGACUAGUGAAUUCCACGCUAACCAUCGAAGAAUUCCACUCCAAACUCCAAGAAGCCACCAACUUCCCUCUACGACCGUUUGUCAUCCCCUUUCUGAAGGCCAACCUGCCAUUGCUGCAGAGGGAGCUGCUCCACUGUGCACGCCUGGCCAAGCAGAACCCCGCCCAGUACCUGGCCCAGCACGAGCAGCUGCUGUUGGACACCAGCACCACGUCUCCUGUCGACUCCUCGGAGCCGCUGGACGUCAACGAGAACGGCAAGAGGAGGACACCUGACAGAACUAAAGAGAAUGGUUUUGAGAGGGACAGCACUCUUCACCCAGAUGUUCACCCCAGCAAGCGGCCGUGCACCAUCAGCCCCGCCCAGCGCUUCAGCCCCUCCAAUGGCUUGUCGUACCAGCCCAAUGGGCUUCCCCACCCCGGGCCCCUCCCACCACAGCACUACAGACUGGAUGACAUGGCUAUCGCCCACCACUACCGGGACACGUACCGACACCCAGCUUCCAACCACAGGGAGAUCCGUGAGAGAGCUCGGCCUAUCGGAAUGCAUUCAGGCUCCAGACAGGAGGAAGUGAUCGACCACAGGCUGACGGACCGAGAGUGGGCAGAGGAGUGGAAGCACCUUGACCAUCUGCUCAACUGCAUCAUGGACAUGGUGGAGAAGACGAGGCGUUCGCUGACCGUCCUGCGCAGGUGUCAGGAGGCCGACCGCGAGGAGCUCAACUACUGGAUCAGACGCUACAGUGACGCAGAGGAGCUCAAGAAGGGUGCCCCGAGUGGACAGUCCAGGCAGCAGAGUCCAGCCUCACAAGACAGCACCACAACAGAAAUCCUUUUGCAUCGGCCUGUGUCUGGUGGUUAUGUCCCUGAAGAAAUCUGGAAAAAAGCUGGUGCGGGUGGACUGACCUCUUCUGUGUCAUCCAUGUUUCCAGAGGAAGCGGUGAAUGAGGUGAAGAGACAGGCCAUGUCGGAGCUGCAGAAGGCUGUGUCAGAGGCAGAGCGUAAAGCCCACGAGAUGAUCAGCAGUGAGAGAGCCAAGAUGGAGCGCACGGUCGCAGAGGCCAAGAGACAAGCUGCUGAAGACGCACUGUCCAUCAUCAACCAGCAGGAGGACUCCAGUGAGAGCUGCUGGAACUGCGGGCGCAAGGCCAGUGAGACGUGCAGUGGUUGUAACACUGCGCGGUACUGUGGCUCGUUCUGUCAGCACAAAGACUGGGAGAAGCACCAUCAUGUGUGUGGACAGACCCUGCAGCAGCAGCAAGCACAGCAGCAGCAGCAGCAGGCAGGGGUCCCGGGCGCUGACACCCCUGCACCCAUCAGCUCCUCCGCCUGCACCCCCAGCAGUGGGACAGGCAGCCCAGCCACCACCCCUCCAGCACCCACCCCACGCUCCACCACCCCCAGCACUCCAUCCUCCUCUGCCCUGGACACCACACCGCGCUAACAGGCUAACAGAGCAGAAAGGCCCAU